AUGGCCUCUCCUGUCUCUGAAGGGGUCAUCAAAAUGUUCAAUGACAUGAAGAUGUGUAAGUUGUCAACACCAGAGGAGGUGAAGAAGGACAAGAAGGUGGUGCUCUUCUGCCUGAGCGAGGGCAAGAAGAACGUCAUCCUGGAGGAGGGCAAGGAGAUCCUGGUAGGUGACGUGGGCCAGACUGUAGACGACCCCUACGCCACCUUUGUCAAGAUGCUGCCAGACAAAGGCUGCCACUACGUCCUCUAUAAGGCAAUCUAUGAGACCAAGGAGAGCAAGAAGGAGGACCUGGUGUUCAUCUUCUGGACCCCUGAGUGUGCACCCCUUAAGAGCAAAAUGAUCUAUGGCAGCUCCAAGGACGCCAUUAAGAAGAAGCUGACGGAGGUCAAGAUGAAUUACAAGCAAACUUGUAAGGAGGUCAAGGACCCCUGCACCCUGACAGAGAAGCUGGGGAGCAACGCCAUCAUCUCCCUGGAGGGCAAGCCUUUGUGA